UUUGUUGCAGCUCAUAGUAGACUAUAAUUGGGAUUAAAUAAUGAAUCCAGAUAAUCCAAUAAAAAUAAAAGCUUUUUCUUUUGCUGCCAUAUUCUCUGAUACAAUUUUUUUAAAUUAACCACUAUUAGUUGCUUUAAUAAUACAGAUAGGAUAAUGGAUACUUAACUUCUGAGUGCCGGAAAAAUGUUUUUCUAUCUGCUUUGCUUUCCCUAUAUUCCUGUGCGCUUGAACGACUACGUAAUCACCCAACGUCUCCGCCAUUGAUAUAACCAUAUCAACGGCGCAUUGCUAAGUCGCCAAUGGUUAGCUGAGGCUAUGGAAUUUUGAGUUGGAAAUGAAAUUUUCGGAGACAAAAUGAGACUACAACCUCACAAGAGACAUGAUUGUGUUUGACAAAGAUGUCUUCGAAAUUUUCAAACGUGUUCUUCUUCCUUUUCAGUUUCAUCAUCUACUUUGCAUCCACAGAAUAUUAAAAAAAAAUCAAUUUCUUCAGCAGAAAAGGGCACUACUUCAACCCUAUUAAUCGCCUUCUUUACUUCCACGUAGCAGUCACCCCGGUCUUGUAAAAAAAUGUUUAGCUGUGAACAUUUCGUUUGAAAAAGCCGAACCCCACCAGUUGACGUCAUCUCAGUUGGUUCCGUGGUCCCCCACUCCACUCGGAUCAGAGUGACUCAGGUAGGAAGUAUAGCCCCGUCGGAAGAUGUAACAGAGUUGGAUCAGUUCCUUGCUUGUCGAACUUCCCAAGGGUCUCGUCGAGGAUCGCUUGUGAUGUAACGCGCACCCCCCUUGUUUGCGGUUCCUCACCGGAGAGUACAAGAUCCGUGCAAGACACAGAGCGCGGAACUUGAAGAAGAAACGGCCUGAUGUGUGAUGUACACCGAUACGUUCCUAUUGGCUUGUCCAGUUGACAUCUUCCGAUAUAUAAGCAACCGGCCAGCCAUCGGAAAUCAUUCAGUUCCUUCUGUCCUUACAGUCUCAUUCACCUCGAAUUCAGAUCUCUCCAAUUGUACCUCAAUUUGCUCAGUAUGUCGAUCCCCGAUUAUUCAAGCGUCUGCUCAGACUCCGAACAUGAACAUUCUUCGGACAGUGGCUAUUCGAUGGAGUCUUUGCAAAUUUCAAACGAGCCACUGUUUACCCAGUUUAUCAAUGUCGGUGUCAUUCUUCCGUUGAUCAACGUGGAGGCUCUUCCAGUUCACCUCGUAACACAUGAAUAUCUGACAAAUUACGUCCAGGGUGACACUAUCCAGCACACUCCAAUCCCAUCUAACCGUCGCCUUAUCAAAUGGUCACUGCCUCCUCCAUCUGUUGCGCUUGUGCCUCUUCCUGGAUGGGAACCAAUGCCCUAUGGAUUGGAAAGCUUCUGGCAGAGCGCCUUUCGCUGGUUCUUUCAACCUUUCUUGGCAUCCCAUGGACAUCUCUGGACACUGGAGCCCACAGAACUUCCUCCGCUGUCUAUCGAAUGGCCCUGGCAUUCUGUAACUUACUUCGCUAAAGUUCGCUUCCAGUGUCAGUGCAAACGUGGUUGGACGUCAAUGAAGGGACGAGUCGUUUUUUGGUUCCGCGUUCGACGGCAAGGUGAACACAUCGUGUCCGAAGCUUUGUUCAAGUUGUUCGGCCAACAGUGUAGUUUCUGCUCCAACACUGAUUCAAUCAAUGAGUUUGAAUUCCUGACACCACUUUGGUAUCCAGAGGAAAUUGAGAACGCCAUUAGUUUUCUCGCUAGCCAAGUGAUCGUGUCAUACUACGGCGGAGCAGAUUUACCGAAACUCUCGCCAAGCGACCGCUUUUUCCGCAAUUCCAAAACUCCCUCGUUUAUUCCUCACGAUUCGACUCGCUGCCAAGCUUGCCGCUAUGGAUAUUGUACAACGACUAAAUGUUUUGCUUGACUAAAUGACAUUGUAUUUGACCUAUUGUAUAGUAAAUAAAAUUUUUUGUUUUCAU